UACAACUCGCCUGUGCACUACACGCUCCUCCUGCUCCCCCUGCCCCUCCCCCUCCUGCUCCUCUUCCUCUUCUUCUUCUUCCUCUUCUUCAUCCCGUCUCGCGAUUUCUUGCUCUGCUCGAUUCUGACCCCCGCGCUCUCGGCUGUGGAUGCUCAUCCCGCACAUCAUCAACACACGCUCGAGCUCGAUCUCGAUCUCAUCUUCUUCUCUUUGCUAUUUGGAGGCUGGUGCUGUACACAGCUUCUCGCUCGCGGCGAGCUUGCUUGCAAGCAAGCAGUUGGUUGCUCUCCUCGCCUGCCUGAUUUUACCUUCGUUGCGGGAAUCUUCUCCGCCCUUUCUGGCACUACUUGCACGCUGACGUUGUUCGGUGGCUCCGAGUCUGCUCGCGCUACAAACCGCGGAUUGUUGCUGGCAUUCCUCUCUCUCUAGGUUUUUCGGAAUAUUGCGUGGUGGUUUUGCUUGCUGUGGAGUUUUUGCCCGAGCAGAGUUUGCUCCUGUGUGACGCCGAUCGAAGGCCUGACCGACGUGUGGUGAACGCGCCGUCUGGGUUCGGGAUUUGAAGUUUUAUCCGGGUUUCAGUGCGCUUACGGCUUGUGUGCUAUGCAUCGAGCGAGAAUUGGAGUGCGUGCGAAAACAGCUCUUGAUUUGCCGUAGCCUUGUGAAGUGACACACCGCCGGUGGUGGAAAUCUUUUGUCUGAACGACGAUUACAUCAGUUUUACGAGUAGAGUGCAAUAGUGCCGUGGAAGUUCUCGAUUGAAGCAGGUGACCGUCUAGAAGUAGCAGCUCUGUUCUGUUUAUGAGACGAUGGAUUCCGGCGCAUGAGGUGCGACCCAAAUCAGGAUACGCUCAUCAGGCUUUAGAAGGCCUCUAGAUAUUACACGCUGGAUCCACUGGUGGAAGCGUGCUUCUACUGUUUGUUCUUCUUCGUCUACUUUUUUGGGGCCAUCGGUGUUUGGAAGGUGUACCGUUCCGGACAUCGGCAAUUCCGGCGUUGCAGGGUUCAGUCAAUCUUGUGAUCGCGCAGAUCGUUGACCCGCGAAUUUUGCAGCCAUGAGUCUUGCGUGCUUGGCAUGUCAUGCGAUGGACAACUCCACCGACUCCUUCCGGAUGGAUGGAUCAUUACGCUUGCACCACUCGGUGUCGGUUCAUUCCGAUGACGGGCGGGAUGGGUGUGGACUUGCAGCAUGUUUUACUAAGAAGCCUACCCCGAGGCAACAGACGCUGACUCAAAGCCCACGGAGUGCCGUUUCACCACGAACUCCUCCUCAGCAGCCCGGACUUCAAACUUCUGUCGAUCGCGUUGUGUUUCCCGAACCGCGGUUGACUCGCUGCCACGCCGUGCGUAGAGACAUCUUCAGCAACUGGACCGUUGGGGAGAUCGAAACCAGGACUGGGAGGCAGUUGUGUUUCAACUUGUCAAGCCGGGCGUGAUCAGCAUCAUGGUAUAUUUUGGUCCUGGACAAUGACGAGAAAACUUGUACGUAGUGAUGGGGGGAAGAGGACAUGGAGAAAUUUAAAUUCCCUCCUGGUCGUGAUUGAAGCCAUCUUUUGGUGGUGCAUCUUACGUAUUUCUGGUCUUUCACUGGGUCUUUUGUGGGAUUCCCAGGGAGUUUUUGUCGAUGCUCUUCGGCAUCAAACCUGAUGCACUAGUACAGGCUUGCAACGAGCUAGACACACAUCAGUGUUCGGUAGACUGUAGCAUAUAUGUAGAGAGGUUCGUUUUCUUUGAGGCUUCAUAAGAUUAGUGUGAUACAGUGGACAGUCUGUUAGUCGUUAGAGCGGUCGUCAGUCCUCGUAGUUGUUGGACUCUCUUAAGACUCACUUGUCUAUGCUGUAUAGACACAGACGCUGACUCUUGUACUAUAAGAUGUAAUUAAAAAACGUUGGCAGUGGAGCAAUGUCCCAUCAUUGUACCGAAGAAUUAAUCGCAAAUAUAAUAUAUGAAACCAAGAACAAU